AUGGGCCAAGAGACGAGAGACCCGAGUAUUGAUGGGGUCAUUCAGGCACUGCAGGAAAUAGGAAACUUGAUGGGAAGGCAGGCUCAAGAGAGGGCUACCAAUAUUGCCCAAGCUGCUGAGGCCGCUGCAGCUGCUGCUGGUAAUGAGAAUCAAGCCAAUCAAGGGCAGGCUCAAGUGGCUGUGAAUAGACAGAUGCACCAGCUGGUGGAGCAGUUCUUGAAGUUAAAGUCGCCAAAGUUCGAUGGAAAGGGUGACCUUGAGGCCGCACCGCGUUGGGUGGAAGAACUGGAAAAGGCCUUUGAAGUUCUGGGGUGCACCGAGGCUGAGAAGGUGACUUUAGCUGUGUACCAGUUGCAAGAGAAUGCCAAUGAUUGGUGGAAGGCCACCAAGGGGAGAGUAUUCCCUGAGGGUACUGCCCAGACUUGGGCUGUGUUCACUGAGAACUUCUACGGGAAAUAUUUCUCUAAGAGUGCCAGGGAAAGGAAAUUGGCGGAGUUCAUGAGACUUCGCCAGGGAUCGAUGACGGUAGAUCAAUACGAGGCGGAAUUUGCAAGACUAUCGAAGUUCGCGCCAAGAAUGGUGGAGGACCCACUAGAUAAGGUCCGAAGGUUCCGGGAUGGGCUGAAGCCGGACCUUCGUAGCCAGAUGAUCUCGCUGAACAUCCGGGACUAUGGAGAAAUGUAUGAACGAGCUCAAGCGAUAGAACGGGAUCAGAUGGACAGGGCCGCCACUUCUGGAUCGCGAUUUGCCUCGGCUAAAGACAAUCGCCGCUUUGGGAAGAGGCCGAUGGCGGGAAAUAGGCGUUUUGUCCCUCCCAUCAAGAAGAACAUUAGGAAGCCGAACCAUUCUCAAAAUAGGUUUGGGGCAUGUUUAGGGUGUGGGAGCAUAGAUCAUCAGAUCAGACAUUGCCCUCAACGUCCAGCAGGACCGCCAAUGCAAUCUCAGCCGCCUCGGAUGGGAAAUCAGACUGGAAAUCCCCUACUGGCUAUUCAGAGUAGACUGCCAGCUCAAGGAAGGGUAUAUGCAAUGGCAAGAAGGGAGGCUGAGGAAACGCCGGGCGUGGUCACAGGUACGGUCUUUCUCUGUGAUCAUACUGCGUAUGCCUUGUUGGACCCGGGAGCUUCACACUCGUUUAUAUCGGAACAGUUUGUUAGAUUGACUGGAAUUGAACCGGUUUUGCUUGAAGUCAUACUUUGUGUAACGACUCCGCUGAAUGAUAGGGUGCUAGUCUCAUUAGGGUGUCCUGACUGUAAGAUAGUAAUUAGGGGUAGAGAGGAAAGGAUAGACUUGGCGGUAUUGACCAUGUUCGACUUUGACGUGAUUGUCGGGAUGGAUUGGCUAGUUAAGCAGAAAGUCGUGAUGGAUUGUAGUAACAAGGCUGCGAUCAUCUUCGCCUUUAAGAUUUGGAGGCAUUACUUGUGCGGGGAAAAGUUUCAGAUCUACAUGGAUCAUCAGAGCCUUAAGUAUCCAUUUUCACAGAAGGAGUUGAAUUAUGAGGCAGCGUCGUUGGAUGGAACUCCUCAAAGACUACAAUUGCGACAUUUUGUAUCACCUUGGAAAGGCUAA